AUGCCAGGGACGCUCCUGCCCCCGAGAUCAAACCGGCAGCACGCACAGAUGGAUCGCCCAUCUGCGUCCCGGCCGGACCUUUACCUGAUUACUGACCAGGACACUGUUUACGAACAAGAUCUGCUACGUGAAGUUGGAAGCAUUAAGCCAUGGUUGGCUUAUAUCGAAUUCAAACAGCAGAAUGGCACGCUCUAUGAGCAAGCUUUUAUUAUGGAGCGUGCCUGUCGACAAUUGCCUCGCUCAUACAAGCUAUGGAAGAUGUACCUGGAGUUCCGAACCAAGCAUCUUAAGGGCCGCAACCCCACUGUCUACCGUGCAGAAUAUCUGAAGGUCAACGCUCUCUUCGAACGAGCUCUGAUCCUCCUCAACAAAAUGCCUCGUAUCUGGGAGAUGUACCUCACUGUUCUAAUGCAACAGCCCAUGGUGACACAAACACGGCGAACUUUCGAUCGAGCUCUCCGUGCAUUGCCAGUCACGCAGCACAACCGAAUUUGGAGACUAUACAAGGGCUUCGCACGAUCUGCAUCUGGACAAACUGCCGUGAAGAUCUGGGCCCGGUAUAUGCAGAUUCAUCCUGAGAAUGCGGAGGAAUAUAUUGAUAUCCUGGUUGAGAUGGGUGAAUAUACGGAGGCUGUUAAGGUCUUCAUGGAAAUUCUUGACAACCCGCGGUUUGAGUCCAAGCACGGCAGGAGCAAUUUCCAGUUAUGGACUGAGAUGGUAGACCUGCUGGUCUCGAAGGCCAAGCAUAUUGAAACAGGCCCGCAAGUGGGAAUCGAUGUGGAUGCCAUUCUUCGAAGCGGCAUUGACCGAUUCGCAGACCAGCGAGGAAAGUUGUGGGCUGGUCUGGCGACCUACUGGAUCACCAAGGGUAACUUCGAAAAGGCACGCGAUGUGUUUGAGGAGGGAAUCACUACCGUUAUGACAGUCCGUGACUUCACCCUGAUCUUUGACUCUUACGUCGAAUUCGAAGAGUCCAUCAUCGGCAACCUGAUGGAAGCAGCAGCAGUUCGAUCUGAAAAAGGCAAACUCGAUGAAGACGCCGACUUUGAUCUCGACUCACGCAUGCUCCGCUUUGAGCAAUUGAUGGAUAGACGACCUUUCCUAGUCAAUGACGUUCUUUUGCGACAGAACCCCAACAAUGUCAUUGAAUGGGAGAAGAGGGUAGGAUUGUGGGGAGAUAACAAACAGGAAGUCGUCAACACAUAUACAGCUGCGAUUGCCGCUAUCAACCCCAAGAAAGCCCAUGGCAAAUUUUCGGAAUUGUGGGUCAACUACGCCAAACUCUAUGAGAAUGGCGGGGAUCUGGCAACCUCUAGAGUCAUCUUUGAAAAGGCCGUCAAGGUUCCAUUCAAAUCCGUGGCCGAGCUCGCUGAAACUUGGUGCGAGUGGGCCGAGAUGGAGCUCCGCGCCGAGAACUUUGAUCAGGCUGUUAGCAUCAUGGCCAAAGCCACUCAGGCGCCGAAGAAGUCCACUGUGGAUUACUUCGAUGAGACCUUAUCUCCCCAACAGCGAGUUCAUAAGAGCUGGAAGUUGUGGAGCUUCUAUGUCGAUCUUGUCGAGAGUGUGUCCUCGUUGGACGAAACAAGAAAGGUUUACGAGCGCAUCUUCGAACUUCGCAUUGCGACACCACAAACUGUUGUCAAUUACGCAAACCUGCUGGAAGAAAACGAUUACUUUGAAGAUUCCUUCAAGGUGUACGAGCGCGGUCUGGAUCUGUUUAGUUACCCAGUUGCCUUUGAACUCUGGAACUUGUACCUGACCAAGGCUGUCGAUCGCAAGAUCGGAAUUGAGAGACUCCGUGACCUUUUCGAACAGGCCUUAGAUGGGUGCCCACCAAAGUUCGCCAAACCUCUUUACUUGAUGUACGGAAAUUUGGAGGAGGAACGAGGUCUUGCACGACACGCUAUGCGCAUUUAUGAGCGUGCAACUCGUGCUGUUUCCGACGAGGACCGAUUUGAAAUGUUCGAAUUUUACAUCACCAAAUCCGCCUCCAACUUCGGUCUCACAUCCACUCGACCUAUCUAUGAGCGGGCUGUCGCUGCUCUGCCUGACCAGGAGGCCAAGGAGAUGUGCCUCAAGUUCGCUGAGAUGGAGCGCCGGCUGGGCGAAAUCGACCGUGCUCGUGCGAUCUACGGCCACGCGUCGCAGUUCUGUGACCCUCGCACGAAUGCUCCCUUCUGGCAGAAAUGGGAAGCCUUUGAAGUGCAACACGGAAACGAGGACACAUUCAAGGAGAUGCUUCGCAUCAAGAGAAGUGUCCAAACUCAAUACAACACCGAUGUCAAUUUCAUUGCAUCGCAGGCUAUUGCACGCAGCCAACAACGCCCAGAUGACGAGCAAGCCGGAGACAACGAGGAUGCAGACCGUGCCGAUGCCAUGGCUGCCAUUGAACGCCAAGCCCGUGCUCCUGUUGGCUUUGUUGCUGCUAGCACCGGUCCAGAAGGUGGCAACCGUCCUCCACCCGCUGGUCAAACAGCCCCCGCAGCCCCGGCAAACCCCGAUGCUAUCGACCUUGAUGAUGACAUGGAUGAGUAG